CCGCUCUCAGCAGCAUCAUCGUCGUCCCCGCCGGGUCCGGUGUCAGAGAGGAUGGUUCAGCCCAAAAGCAGCCGGGGAUGCGAAUGACAGUGAUAAGAUAAUGGCCUUCGAUUUACGAAGGUUCCCGAAUGUGCGCCUGGUGACCAAGUGAAACGACCGUGGUAGGAAAACACUGAACCAUGUUGCUCUAAGUUGUGACCUGUGGUGAAAGGGGGAGGAGGAAGAGGAGGAGGAGUAGGGAGGUCUAGGCAGGUAGGAAGACGGACAGGCAUCUGCUGCAGCUCCCUUUAGGCAGCCCUAAUCAAGCUUGAAGCCAUGGGCAACACAGCCACCAAGUUCCGCAAGGCCCUGGUGGGUGGUGACGAGGCCCUGGCCUGGCAGCUGUAUGAGGGCAACCCUCAGUUCAGGGACGGCCUGGACCCAAAUGCGUCGUAUGGAGAGCAGUACCAGCACAACACGCCCCUGCACUACGUCUGCCGUCAUGCCAUGACUCGUCUGCUCAGGUCCUUCCUGUUCAGUAAAGAGGGGAACCCCAACAAGCGUAAUGUGCACAAUGAGACGUGCCUCCAUGUGCUGUGCCAAGGCCCACAGAUCCUGCUGCUGUCAGAGGGAGCACUGUCACCUCGACUGGCCCGACCCCAGAGGGACGAGCAGCGUCGCGCCGACUGCCUGCAGAUGAUCCUGAGCUGGACUGGGGCCAGGCUGGAGGGAGGCCAGUACGAGAAGGCUAAUGUCAACGCCACCGACAAUCACCACAGCACCUGUCUGCACUAUGCUGCCGCUGCAGGCAUGAAGAGCUGUGUGGAGCUGCUAAUCCAGAGCGAGGCGGACCUUUUUGUGGAGGAUGAGGACAAGUUGACGCCAUGUGACCAUGCCGAGCGGCAUCACCACACCGAGCUGGCCCUCAGCCUGGAGUCACAGAUGGUUUUCUCCUCCUCUUCAGCUCAGCAGUCAAACACAGACACACAUGGUGAAACGAAUCUGCUGCAAUACAAGGAGCCUUAUGAAGGACUGAAGCUUCAGGACUUGCGCAGGCUGAAGGACAUGUUGAUCGUAGAGACGGCGGACAUGCUGCAAGCCCCCCUCUUCACUGCUGAGGCCCUGCUCCGAGCACAUGACUGGGACAGAGAAAAGCUUCUAGAAGCCUGGAUGUCAGAUGCUGAGGGCUGCUGCCAGCGCUCAGGCGUGGCCAUGCCCACCCCACCGCCCAGCGGCUACAACGCCUGGGACACCCUUCCCUCACCUCGCACGCCCAGGACCCCGCGCUCACCCCUCACACUCACUCUCACCUCCCCGACCGACAGCUGCCUCACACCUGGAGAGGAGGGCCUGUCUACAUGUGGAAUCUGUCUCUGCAGUAUCUCAGUGUUUGAGGAUCCAGUGGACAUGUCCUGUGGACAUGAAUUCUGCAGAGCAUGCUGGGAAGGGUUCCUCAAUGUUAAGAUACAGGAGGGUGACGCACACAAUAUCUUCUGCCCGGCCUAUGAGUGCUACCAGUUGGUGCCAGUGCAUGUGAUUGAGAGUGUGGUUUCCAGAGAAAUGGACCAGCGAUAUCUACAGUUUGACAUCAAGGCGUUUGUGGAGAACAAUCCUGCCAUCCGCUGGUGUCCCGCAGCACGGUGUGAGCGAGCGGUGCGGCUCACCCGACCAGGCCCCGGGGACAGUGACCCACAGAGUUUCCCCCUGCUGCCCUCCCCAGCUGUCGAUUGUGGCAAGGGUCACCUCUUCUGCUGGGAGUGCCUUGGCGAGGCCCAUGAGCCAUGUGACUGUCAGAUGUGGAGGAACUGGCUCCAGAAAGUCACAGAGAUGAAGCCUGAGGAGUUGGCAGGUGUGAGUGAGGCCUAUGAGGAUGCUGCUAACUGCCUGUGGCUGUUGACCAACUCUAAACCGUGUGCCAACUGCAAGUCACCCAUUCAGAAGAAUGAGGGCUGCAACCAUAUGCAGUGUGCCAAGUGUAAGUAUGAUUUCUGUUGGAUCUGUCUGGAGGAGUGGAAGAAGCACAGCUCAUCAACAGGAGGCUACUAUCGCUGUACUCGCUAUGAGGUCAUCCAACAGCUAGAGGAGCAGUCCAAGGAGAUGACUGUAGAGGCAGAAAAGAAGCACAAAAGUUUUCAGGAGCUGGAUCGUUUCAUGCACUAUUAUACUCGCUUCAAGAACCAUGAACACAGCUAUAAGUUGGAGCAGAAACUGCUGAAAACAGCUAAAGAGAAGAUGGAGCAGCUGAGCAGAGCCUUCAUUUGUCGUGAAGGCACUCCUCCAGACACACGGUUCAUUGAGGACGGUGUGUGUGAGCUGCUGAAGACGCGACGUGUCCUGAAGUGCUCUUACCCAUACGGCUUCUUCUUGCAACAAGGAAGCACCCAGAAGGAGAUAUUUGAACUCAUGCAGACGGACCUGGAGAUGGUAGUGGAGGAUCUGGCCCAGAAGGUCAAUCGGCCGUACCUGAGGACGCCCUGCCACAAGAUAAUCAGCGCGGCCCGUCUGGUGCAGCAGAAGAGGCAAGAAUUCCUGGCGUCGGUGGCUCGUGGCGUCGCUCCCAACGACUCUCCUGAACCACCACGCAGGAAUUACCCUGGAGGAUCGUGGGACUGGGAGUACCUUGGCUUUGCCUCCCCUGAGAUGGGGAGUCGUCACUCUGUACUGGCCGCAGGAGAACGAGAUAGACAGUCACAGGAUUAUGCUGACAUCCAGUACCGUCGCAGACACAGGCCACGGCGCAGAGGAGACAUGCUGAGUCUGCACAGCCUUAGAAGCAGCAGCAACACGCCAGAGACCAGCAGGAGGAGUGACAACACAGAAGCUCCAGAGAGAGGUGAGGGCCGCAGAAGAGCGCUGGGCUCGCUGGAUGAAGAUGACCCAAACAUCCUGCUGGCCAUCCAGCUGUCCCUUCAGGAGUCCCGCAGAGAGCGGGGCCUGGAGGGAGACCUGGAGAGAGGGCUGGAGGGCAGAGUGGAGCUGGAACGUGGACUGGACAGAGGACAGGAGAGGAGGCCAGGUCCCGUGGGAGACCUGGGUGAUGUCGCUUUGCACUCUCUCAACACAGACGGUCCUCCGGGAGCCAGAGGCUCCUCCUUCCCCACUUCUCUCCUCGAUCCUCCUCGUCCCCCUAACAGGACAGACUCCACCUCCCAGCCUCCCAUGUCUGGCUCCCUCCCCCUCCCUCCCCCACCUCCCUCCCUCAGUGCAGAGCUGCUGGAGCUGGGAGACAGCCUUAUGAAACUAGGGAGCAUAACCACUCCUUAUGACCUGGACACACACACACAGGAGCAGCUCUGCUCCCGCCACACAUACAACCACAGUACACUCACUGCUCCCUACACCACUGAACCUGCUUACAGCGACUGCAGCCAUAGACAAGACCAGAAUGCACUGACCGCUCCAUAUAUGCUCGACCACAUCACCAUCACAGAUCCUCGCUAUGAUGGCAAAGAGCAGAGUUACUGCCACUCGAGUGGUUAUUUGGCUGAGGCUGAACACACUGCCUCCUGCGCACUUGAACGCACCCAAAACCCGGCCCAUCCUAGUUCGUAUAACCGGGAACACGCAGCCUCGUACGACAGCACCCCGAAACCAGACAGCUCUUACAGCCCCUGCCCAGAACACAGUAGCUCUUACACUCAGGAGCGUCCUGCCGCCUACGCUCUUGAACGGCCACCCAAAUCAGACCCCCAGCCCCCUGCCCAGUUGUGCCUCCCAUCUCCAGAGCUCGAGCCGGAGCUGCUGCUUUCACCGGUGAUCCCGCCGGGGGGCCCUUUCACCCCCAGCGACCCUCAGAGUCUGGAGCCCCUGGACCCCACAGCCAGUGCCCAGCUGCUGGACAACAUCAUGGCCUGGUUUAACAACAACAUCAACCCCCAGAACAAUCCCCAGAGCCUGGCCCUCAUCCCCUCCCCACCCACCACAGAAACCGACUCCUCCCCUGACACACACACUGAGACUGAGUCCGAGAGCCAGACCUCCAGAGACGUGACCCCUGCCCCGAUCUGGCAGCCCCUGGAGGGUGAGCUGGAAGCGUGCAGAGGGUCGGCGAGCCCCCGUGUAGGUGCUGCUGGCGCGGAGGGUCCAAAGACGUCGAGGCCCAGCACUCUGGCCCUGGAAAACAGAGAGGCUGGCGAGGAGGGAGUGGACGCAGGGUGUGUGGCUGACCUGUCGCUGGACGAAGCGCGCACACACCCGUGCUCACACUCCCAACACGGUAACAGCCCUGCACACACUGCCUCGGCCACAGAGAGAGACUUAGACCUCAUCCUUCAGUUAGAGGGGGACCAAUCACCUGAGGAGUGGGAGGAGCAAGUACACCUGGUGUGACUGAACGAUGUGGAGAAAGAGAGAAGGCUGAGCCACGUACAGGAAGAGAGAGGAGAGAGAUGGAAGUGAAAGAGGAAAGAAAAUCAAACAUGAGGAAGACUAGAGAGAAGCACUGAUGGAAAAGUAAAAGAUAUAACAGUGAUGCCUCAAUGAAAGAUGUAGGUCUUUGGGAGUUGAGUGUUUACUGUGUGUAUUAUACUGUAUCUAGAGAGGACACAAACCCCUGCGGACUUUGUCCAGUAAAGAUGAUGUCAUACGCAGUUUGAUUUUUUUUAAGUGCUUUUUUGUCUGCUGUAAAAACAGACAAACCAUUCUUUGAAACAAAUGAGUGUUUAAAACAGAGUACAUCAAUGGAAAGCUACUGAUAUCAUAACACAUCAAAUGCUGCACAUGUUUCUGUUUUUUUUUUUAAUUUUAUUUUAUUUAUUCCCCACCUCCUGUAUUUGUCUUCUAGCUUGGACAGACGUUUGUCCGGGGUGAAAGUUUUGGUGCUGACCAUGCUGGAAUCCAGACUUGCCUCGUAUAACCACACUUUAUCAACACACUGACCCAACCACGAGCCUGUUCUGAGCUCCUAGAGCCAAAUAUGAUGAUAGCUGUAACCACGGAGCUCGUUUAGCGUACUGUACAAUCAGAGGGCCUAAUUCUGAUUUUUGGACCUUCACGCACACUGUGCCUGCUUUGUUAGAGAGCCCAACGCACUACUGAUCUUGACUUUUGGUAGGCUGUAAAGACGGACAGUACUCCUGUCUGCUCAAAAUGUCAUGCCAGUACAACAUGCUCAUCUGGGUUUUAUGACUGUAAUAACUCUUUUGUAAAUCUCCACAGAAGAGAAAUGGUCUUGUCCUUCUGCAAAGGCAGGUCAGAGGUCAGUUUCAGCCACAGAGCGGAGCCCUUAAGAGUCGGCAGGAACUCUGCAACAUGGGUGCUUGUUGAAUUGAACCCUCUAUUCUUCCUGCUUACUGCACCACCCUGCCACCCAUUCCAAACAGUUUAUCAGAGAUGAGCCUUCACCCACAUUGCUGUAUUUUGCACUUGCUUUUGCUCACUUUUCACAACAACCAUCUUAACACUAACUGCUAUAUUAAGAAUUUUGGACACAAAAUUGACAUUGAAAACAUCUUUAUCAAAUCAGGUAUCAGAGCAUCACAAUAUUGUGUUUGUUGCUGAAAUUUAAAAUUUUAAAAUAAAGCUUUCGGACAAAUUCUGUCAUCAGUACGCGACUGUAAUGCUGGAAACGCACAACAUUAACCACAAAUUACAUGACUAUAACUCAAUACAUGGCGACAUUUUGACAUUCGACUUCCUUGUUCUCCUCUUUGCAGAGCAGUUUUGUUGCAGAAAUGUUUGCAAACACACUCAUUCAGAAGUCUGUGUGCUUAGUAAAGAGAAUUAAAACCUGUUCUAAAAUGAUGUGUCUGUAUUCUGAGGGUCGAGUUUAAGUGUUUGUCUCUUUGCACAUUAAAACUGUUGUGAAAACUGAGCCAAAGCAAUCAGACAAUACUGUAAAUGGAAACACUCUUUCAUUUGAAUCAUAUCUGUUCCACUACUGACGGCUAGCACAGUGUGCUUUUUAUAGAUGAGAGAUGGGUUGGGAUUUAAACUGUAAUUUAUCCUUUUUUAAAUUGAUUUCCUAUUAUAGAGAAGAAAUUUCUUCAAGUUGCGACCAGAGUUGUUGGGUCUGUGUGCCUUUUUGUUUGGAUCAUAUUUGUAUGUUUGUUGGUAUUUAUUAGUGUCAUUGCUUUUUAAACAUGCUAAUGAACGACAUUGGAAAACACGCCACCAUACACUGAAGUUCUUGAUGCACAUUAGCACCGUCUGUCCUUACAGCCCAGGUGUUUCCUACUUUAUCUUAUCCCCAGAGAAGUUUUGACCACUUUAAUUUACUGAAAACAGCUUGAAGCUAUGUGAAAUAAUUGGGCAAUUGUUUGUUAGAGUUUCCACUAUAAUUAACGACCACUUUAUCAGAAAGUUGUUCAACGUAUUUGGCCUUUGUUUUGUUUUUUUGUUAUUAUUAUUUUAGGAUCUUGAACCUCGAUCCUUGGUUGUCAUUCAGCUUUAUCUUCAAACUUCAUUGCCCAACUAUAAUGUUUACAAGAGAUUUAAACGCUGCCUGCUGUGAGAUACGAUUGGGUGCUUUUGAGACUGAAAUGAUAAUUGUAGAGUGCUUCAUCAUACUUUCAUGGCGGGCCAGAAAAUUAUAAAGAUAUCCUGUCCAAGAGCAAAUUCUUAGUUGAAAUUUCCCUCUAAUUUACGAGAGUUAUAUAGAAAGUGAUAUGCAAUCGAAACUGCAUUACUUAAAAUUGAUAGUUUGAGUUUGAAGCUUGUUUAAAAGUGUGAGGUCUGGAGUGCUCCACCUAAAAUGACACCUUUUCCUCCCCGUAUUGAACAUUAAACUGUGAAGGUGCUAGACAGUUUGUAGGUGCUGAUGAAGACAUUUCAUAAAGCCUGCUGAGAUGUGAGGGCAGCUGGUAACGCCCAUAACAUUUCAGACAUUUUUCUCCUGAGGAAUGGCUUGUUUAACACGACUGCACACAUUUCUUUUAGGUUGCAUGGUUGCAACACAAUGGAAGCACUGAGUCCAGGGUCUUUUAAUUUGCACAAACAUGCUGUAAAUGUGUUAAACAAACGGAGUGCUGUCAGGCAAGAUAUGGGGGACUGAUGAGUGCGGCUUUUUAUUAUUAUUAUUAUUAUUAUUAUUAUUAUUAUAUUUUUUUGUUUUCUUGAUUUAGAAUUGGUGUCAAGGGAAUGGUCCUGUGCCAUUUUGUACUCCACAUAUAAUGUUUAUAUAUUAACGAUCCCUCAACCAACCACUUCAGAGUUCAAAAGUGAAAUUGCACUCUCAUAGAUUAUACUUGAUACAUUCCCAGUUGGUCCAUAAGAGAGGUUUGAUGUGUGGCCAAAACUGUAAAUGAAAGUGUCAGUGCAAAGUUUACUCUCAAUAAAAAGAGCUG